AUUAAUGAUCACGUGAUCUGGAGAAGCAAGAUGUCGGGUCUGAAGUUCAACAUCCCUCGUAAGGAGAUGGACAAGGUGUCAGUGCCCAACGGAGACAUCAAAAAGACCAAAGAAGAGACCCCGGCCGAACUAGAGAGCCAGUUCAUCCUCCGCCUCCCAGCACCCGUCGCCGCGUCGCUACGUGCCGCGGUGCGAUCCGGUGUGAUGAACCUCAAAGACCGGCUCACCAUACAGUUGGAGUCCGACAACCGCCACGGCACGCUCCGAUUUGACAGGUGGGCCCUGGCGGCGCGGGUGCUGGACCUGCCUUCCAUCAUCGAGUCCCACAAGACGCUGGACAAGAAGACCUUCUACAAGGCGGCGGACGUGGCCCAGAUGAUGGUGUGCAGGGAGGAGGACGAGAUGCCGCCUACGGAUGAUGAGGAGUCGCCUCGCAAGAAGGACCGCAAGGACAGCAAGGAUCGCAAGUACCAGAGCCCCCACGGCAUCACCCCAUCCCUGAAGAACGUCCGCAAGCGCAGGUUCCGCAAGGUGCUCAAGAAGAAGUAUGUCGACUUCCCCGAGAUCGAGAAGGAGGUCAAACGGCUCUUCCGGAUGGACAACGAAGCCAUCGGCAUCCGGUACGAGGUCGUCAACGUUGACGAUGAGAAGAACGACGGCAAGGGUGGCCAGGGGGAGCCACACGUGAGCGGAAGCUUCGGCUCGCCCUCCGUGAGCGCGCUGCUCAACAGUAAUUCACAGAGCAUGGACGUCGGAGAGCAUGACCUCUUCGGUGAGGCGCUCAGCAGCUCCGACGAAGACGAUGUCAACAUCGUUGACUCCGCCGGCGAGGAAGACCUUUCGUCAAGGUCCAAGCGGCCGACGUUGUCCAAACAUGACGUCUCUGCUGUCGCGACUCCGGACAUGGUCACCGCGUUCCAGCGGGGGAUGCUGGGUCCCUCCGGAAAUGCCAAAAUGGCAGCCUCCAGCAUUGGGGGCGGCAGCAGCAGCGGCAGCAGCGCCGCUGCCACGGCUGCCGCGACGAGCUCUCUGGUCGAGGAGUACAUAGACGACCCGGACUUCAAUGGGAGCAAGGCCAUCGGGGAAGGGUUCUCGAAGAAGGGGGAUACUGAAGACGACGACGCAGACGAACCUGAGCAGGACAACACGGCACUGCUGGACCGGCUGACAGAGCUGGAGCGGGAGAUUGGGCAGCUGCAGGAGCGGAGGCAGACCCAGGAGCUGGAGAUUGCAUCGCUCGAGAACCAGGCCCUCAAGCAGCGCUUCCAGAACAUCAUCAACGCGCUCAAGCUGGAGGAAAGCGAAAAGCAGCGGGAGUACGACGAGAUUGUGUCGCUGCUGCACCAGUGAUUGGUUGGCACUUCAGCGUGGAAGUUUAUUCAUCAUUCUAACAUACUGUAUAUAACUUCAUGGACGUUACCGGGGUGUUUGUGCAAAAGGUUUUAAUAAAAAGCUUCAGUGGAA